UGCGUGUCUUAUUGCGUGCGUGUUGACGCUAUUUGCAAGAUAGCAUCAUCGGAACCCCCACUACAGCUGGGCCGACACAUCUGGACCGGAACCGGCCUGGGAGCAGCUGCAGCUCUGGGGGCGGACAGGUGAGGAGUCACGUGGUUGGACAGCUGAACCUGGAUCCCGGCGCGCGCGGACUCGGGCGACGCGCAGGUGUGUCUCAGCAUCCCUGUCGGAGCGCGUGCGGGGCUCCUCGGGGCCAGCAUGGCGGAGGAGACCCGGGUCAUCUACCACCUGGAGGACCAGGAGACCCCCUAUCUGGUCCGGAUCGGCGUGCCUGCGCAGCGCGUCACCCUGGCGGACUUCAAGCAGGUGCUGAACAGACCCAACGCCAAAUUCUUCUUCAAGUCCGUGGACGACGACUUCGGGGUGGUCAAAGAGGAGAUCAGCGAUGAAGAAGCGCGGCUGCCGUGUGUGAAUGGACGGGUCGUCUGUUGGGUGGUAUCCUCAGACAGCUGCCCUCCAGAUUUCAGGGGGUCAGACACUCACUCUGUGGCCACGCCCUCCAGCUUGGCCCCUCCCCCCAUUGAGCGAACAGGUGGAAUCGGAGACUCCAGACCCCCGUCCUUCCAUGCUACAGCUUUCUGUCACGAUGACCUGCAGGGGACAGAGGUUAAAUCUCCCGUUUCGACGUCAGAGAAGCUGCGGCGCAGAGAUGUGGCAGACCGAGGAGGCCACCUGAAUGGACACGCCCACCAAGCGGCUGAUCAGAAGGGGGCGGGGCCAGCGGGCGGCGGCGACAGCUCCUCGAACCAGCAGAGCAGCGAGUUAGAGACGACCAGUUUCUGCUCAUCGGAGGAAGACUCAGGAGGAAGGUUCAGCCAAUCAACAGGGCAGAGCAGCUCCUCGCCGAGACUCAUAAGGCGACAGCGGCGCCGCCACCGGAAACCAAAGACACAACGGAUGGAGAAGUCGGCGUCUUUCAGCAGUGUCACUGACUCCACCAUGUCGCUCAACAUCAUCACUGUAACCCUCAACAUGGAGAGGUAUAACUUCCUGGGCAUCAGCAUCGUUGGUCAGAGUAACGACAGAGGAGACGGAGGGAUUUACAUCGGCUCCAUCAUGAAGGGUGGAGCUGUUGCUGCAGACGGACGCAUCGAGCCAGGAGACAUGCUGCUGCAGGUAAACGAUAUCAACUUUGAGAACAUGAGUAACGACGACGCUGUCCGGGUUCUGAGAGAGAUCGUCCACCAGCCGGGUCCGGUGACGUUAACCGUGGCAAAGUGCUGGGAUCCAAACCCACGGAGUUGCUUCACGCUGCCAAGAAGUGAACCGGUCCGCCCCAUUGACCCGGCUGCGUGGGUGUCCCACACGGCCGCCCUGACAGGGAAGCUCCCCCCACAUUACAGCGUGCACGAAGAAAACCACCUCAACAUCCACAGUGACAUGACGGCGGUCGUCAAGGCAAUGGCCAACCCAGAGUCCGGCCUGGAGGUUCGAGACAGGAUGUGGCUGAAGAUCACCAUCCCCAACGCCUUCAUCGGUUCGGACGUGGUGGACUGGCUCCACCGUAACGUUGAAGGCUUUACCGACCGACGCGAAGCUCGCAAGUACGCCGGAAACCUGCUCAAAGCCGGAUUCAUCCGACACACUGUCAACAAGGUCACCUUCUCUGAGCAGUGCUACUACGUGUUUGGAGAGCUGUGUGGAGACCUGGCUGCCAUGUCUCUGGUGGAAAACGAAGACGGAUCCACUCGAGAAGGAGGAGAAGGACCCGACUGUGACCCCCCAGCCUUCCCCUACCAGUAUCCCAUACCUCACCCCUACAGCUCGCCUCACCCACUGCACCAGCUGCCGGCCUGUGGCGGAGAAGGAGAACGGAGUCAUCAUAGUGGAGGAAGUCGCAGCAGCCAAUCGGACUUCAGCGACGAUCAGAAGGAGGGAAAAGGAGGAAUGCUGCAGGAAUCUGCUAACCAGGAAGUGAACGAUCAGCACAAGAUGGCCGACUGUCUGAGUGACGGCAGCGCUCAGGGGCCGACCGCCUCCAUCUCCGGUUCCCAUGGCGACAAAGACAUCACGCUGCCGUCUCGAGGUCAGCAUCGCCACCUGCCAUCAAUCCAACCGGAAAUCUCUCGACAGUCCUUCCGACUGGCCAUGGGAAACCCCAGCGACCUCUUUGUGGAUGUCAUGUGACCCGGUGAUGAUGUCAUGUCCUGUCAUUUGACUUGGAGAUGCUUUUAAAGUCUGACAAAAUAUUUCUAAAA